AUGUACACCAGUUGUGUCCGUGCGGCAUUUGCGGGGCCAUACGUGGCUAUCGUUCGUGAAUUGGGAUUUUGUCCAGAAUGUGACAACGACGAAGAUUUCAAAAUAGAGGGCGCUUUACGUUCCAACCGUUCCAGCAAGGCAAACCUCUUCUUCAACGGCAACGUCACCGUGAAAAACGACAUUUUUUCGCCAGGCGCAACCACAGUGACUAUUGACGUCGCGAAGUGGGAUACAGUGUCCGGUUGGAGAGAACACUUCUUGGUUAUGCCGAUUGGGGACCUUUGUAGUGCUAUGCAGGACAUUGGAAAAGAUUUAGUUGAGGUCGUCGUGAAACACGUUAAAGGUUUCCCGCCAAAGUGUCCUGUACCAAACACAAUAUAUAAUGUCACCAACACGCCGGCGCGAAUCGGACAGCUCAGGCAUUUCCCAGUCCUGCCCUACGGCAGAUUUCGCGCACAUGUGCUGAACUUCCACGCUAAGAGACCUGGUGUCAAGAGACCUCGAGGAUGCACCAAAAUUAUCGCAGACGUGUCUCAAACAUUUGCGAGGCCAACAACUUAG